AUGUUUGGGCUGAUGUCUGUCAUGUACGGAAUCCUGUUUCUCUUGAACUCCGUUGUCAUACUCGAUGAAAAGAGGUUUCUGUCAAAGGUGGGCCUUCCCUUAUCCCCAGAGGCCAGAGGCGCCCUUGGGCCGAGCCGCCGGAAGAUAGUCGACUUGAUCAGAGCAAUCAAGACUGUAAUGAAAAUCCCCCUAAUGGCGCUAAACAUAAUGUGUAUAGUAUAUGAGACAUUCCUUGGAUAG